AGACUGGAAGAGCAAGUGAGAACAUGGAUGAAGGAGCUGGAGGAACUGGGGUGGCAGGGCACCCCUGCUACUGGGGAUGUGCCAGAUACCACAAGGCAGGAGCAGAUGCUCCGGCAGCGAGUCCUUGAGCUGCUGGAGCCACUGGAGAGGAAGAGGAAGGAGUUGGAGACUGCCAAGGCCAUGUACCAGCUGGGGAGGGAUCUGGAGGAUGAGACACUGUGGGUGCAGGAGCGGCUCUCCCUGGCGAGAUCAACGGAUCACGGCACCAACCUCGCGAGCGUGCAGCGCCUGACCAAGAGGAAUGAGACUCUGCAGAAGGAGCUGGCGGGCCAUGCCCCCCGCCUGGGCGAGGUGCUGAGCCGGGGAGAGGCAGCGGGGAGCGGCGAGGAGCCGGGCCCGGAGCUGGCGGCACAGGCGCAGGAGCUGCGGGCGCUGUGGGAGACACUGCAGGAGGAGGCGGCCGCCCGGCACCGGCGCCUGCGGGAGGCUGAAGAGGCCCAGCAGUACUACCUGGAUGCUGACGAGGCCGAGGCCUGGGUCAGCGAGCAGGAACUCUUCAUGGGACCCGAGGAGAAACCAAAGGAUGAGGAGAGCUGCUUGAUGAUGCUGAAGAGACAUGUCCGGCAGCUGCGCUCCAUCGAGGACUACGGACAAACCAUCAAGGAGCUGGCGGGGAGGGCGCAGCAGCUGCUCUCUGCCGGCCACCCCGAGGGGGAGCAGAUCAUCCGGCUGCAGGGCCAGGUGGACAAGCACUACGCGGGGCUGAAGGAGGCGGCCGAGGAGCGCCGCCGGCGCCUGGAGAACAUGUCCAACCUCUUCCAGCUGAAGCGGGAGGUGGAAGAGCUGGAGCAGUGGAUUGCUGAGCGCGAUGUGGUUGCUUCCUCCCCGGAGAUGGGGCAGGACUUGGACCAUGUCAUGCUCCUGCGAGAGAAGUUUCGUGAGUUCGCGCGGGAGACAGGGAGCGUGGGGCAGGAGCGCGUGGACCGGGUGAACCUGACCAUUGAGGACCUCAUUGAUGCGGGGCACAUCGAGGCAGCCACCAUAGCUGAGUGGAAGGACGGGCUGAACGAGAGCUGGGCCGACCUUCUGGAGCUGAUUGACACCCGCAUGCAGCUCCUCGCCGCCUCCCAUGACCUCCAUAAAUACUUCUACGAUGGUGCUGAGCUGCUGUCCCUCAUCGCCACCCGGCGCCAGGAACUGCCCCAGGAUCUGGGCGAGGAUGCUGGCACGGUGGAGGCUUUCCACCGCAUGCACAACGCCUUUGAGAGAGACCUCCAGCUGCUGGAGGCACAGGUGCAGCAGUUUCGGGAGACAGCAGUGCGCCUGCAGACUGCCUAUGCUGGGGAGAAGGCGGCUGGAAUCCAGGAGAAGGAGCAGGAGGUGUCCCGAGCGCUGCAGGAGCUGCUGGACGCAUGCAGCGGGCGUGACGGACACGGCCGACAAACACCGCUUCUUCAGCAUGGCACGGGAUCUGCUCUCCUGGAUGGAGAGCACUGUCCGGCAGAUUGAGACACAGGAGAAACCCAGGGAUGUCUCCUCGGUGGAGCUGCUGAUGAAAUACCACCAGGGAAUUAAGGCAGAGGUGGAUGCUCGAGGCAAGAACUUCACCGACUGCAUCGAGCUGGGCAAGAAGCUGCUGCAGCGCAAGCACCAAGACUCUCCAGAGAUCAAGGCGAAGCUGGUGGAGCUGGUGGACAAGAGGAAAGCCAUGAUGGAGAUGUGGGAGCAGCGCUGGGAGCGGCUGCGGCUGUUGCUGGAGGUGUGCCAGUUCUCCCGCGACGCCUCGGUGGCCGAGUCGUGGCUCAUAGCUCAGGAGCCCUACCUGGCCAGCAGCGACUACGGGCAGACGGUGGAUGCCGUGGAGAAGCUGCUGAAGCGACAUGAGGCUUUUGAGAAGUCCUCCGCCACCUGGGAGGAGCGCAUUGCUGCCCUCAGGAAGCUGACAACGCUGGAGCUCCUUGGCGGGCGGUCUCUGCGUGAGGGGCUGGUGCGGGACGGGACGACACGCUCCGAAGCUCCUGACUACUGCCUGGAUCUGGAUGGGGAGCUGGAGGCUGGGUCAGAAGAGGAGGAAGAGGAGGAGAAGAAGGAUGUGAGCACACAGGACACUUCCCUGCCCACUACAGAUGGACCAGAGCCGCUGGCACCGAGGACAGGUGACGAGGAGCCAGUGUCACC